GCGUGGGUGGAGUAGAGAGGGGAGGGAGGGAAGAAGGGGUCGUCCGAGCGACAGGGCCCCGGAGAUGAGACACGUGUCCAUCCGGACUCGGAGCGCUGCUUAGCGGACACUGGCAGGCGAACACCCCGCUGGACCCGGAGAUUUAUACUCUGACUUCUAACGUUUAUCACGGCCCGGCCACGUUGUCUCUCCCUCUUUUUUUCCCUCUCUCUCUCUCUUUCUCACAUUCUCUCCCCCCUUUCUCUCCCUCUUCUGUCUACAAUAUGAUGUUUGUUUUUUUUCUUUCUUUAACUUCUUUUUUCCCUCUUUAAACUCACUAUGCAGCUGUGUAUCUAAAUGUCAAAUACCAUCCACUUAUCUUUAACCACCCUUCACUUCACUGUCUGGACCCCCUCAAUUUACACGUCGAUCUUAUGAGUGUGUGCGCGCGCAUGAGUGUGUGUGUGUGUGUCUGUGUGUGUGUGGUAAGUGUGAGUGUGCUAUUGACUGCUAUGUAGUGAUUACCAUUCCGGUCGGAUGGCACCAGCAAGCCGCUGUAAUUAAUAACCCCAUAAUCCGGGUUGGGGUGGAAGUCGACGCAGAACACACACACGCACACACACACAUAUACACACACAUAGACUACAACACACAUUCAGGACAGAGUUUUACAGAAACAAGGCGUCUCCGUAUGGGUAGCUCUCCAUAUGAGAAAUUAUAGCUGCUAUUAUCCCUCCCAGACAAUGAUAACUAUCUGCUUCCAAAGAAGAUUAAAGGUUUAUACAAGUUCAGGAUUCUUGGAAACGCAGAUCGCAUUAUCAAAACUAAACUCAGAUUGAUGAGAUUUCAUCCCGCUGUCAAUAAUACAUUCAGCUUAUAUCAUACUCGAAUAAAGUGCGUGAAUAAUAAAUCUACCUCUGCUGGUUGUUUUGCAAACGAUUAACAAAACAGAUGCUGGUAGAAAAUAAGGUUGAAAUGCGAUUAUUACUGUCUCGUACACACUUUGAUAUUGAUUCUUGGAAUUUCAAUUUUAACUCACUUGUUUGGUUUUAAUCCGCAUUAUUUACAUGAAACAUCAGGUUGUAAUAAUCAAAAUUGUCAAAUUGAUUUUUUUAAAGUGGAGUUUGACCGGAUGAUCGCUUUGUUGUUGGUGGAUUAGGAACCUUUUAUUAAAAAAAUCACAGUUAUUUGUUGACUUAAGCAAUUUGUUUAUGUGCGCAACAUUAAAUUAAUGAUUAUUAUUUUUAAAUUGUAUAAUUUAACACAUAAUUGUUGCAUUUCUUCAUUAUAAAAUUGCCUUUUAAUUUUUGUCAUUUCUUGCUCGUGCGCAUUGAGAUCCGGUUGUAUUUUCCAGAAUCCACAUCCCCUCAGCCCAAUCCACUAAAGUGUUUAUUAGUUCCAGUAGUUGGUGUUUUACACUUACUCUUCAUUAACAGUCUAAUGCGUCUAUCAUCAGCUCUCUCUUUGAUGUCAAGUGGGUACAAGCGACCCCCUUUUGAUGUCCCAAAUUAAUGAAUGAAAUGAGCCCGAUUCUCCCCUGCCUACAAGAGCCCAAAACACCUCAGAGCCCGUGUGAGAAAACACAGCUUUCAGCCAAGGGAUGCAGCGAGAGAGAAAAAGGUGUGUGUAAGCUGUGAUCACAGGUCAUUACAAGGCAAGAACCACGGGCAGCUCUGUGACACAAACACACACUUUUUCAUUUGCUGUCAUCUCGCGUUUGUGAUUAUUUUUAUGUAGGAUUUAGAUUUUAAUAAGGCUUUAGAUUUUUAACACUUUAUCCAAAUAUUUAUGAAACUUUUUCUCCUUUAAUAAAAAGAAGAAAACCGUCUAAAAGUAGUCUUAAACUUCAUGUCAUUUCUUGAUUUACAUUUUAUUUUUCAACCCAUGUGGUCGAGUGGUUUCUAAGUUUACCUCAAAGAAAAGUUAUUUAACUGCGGACCUAAACAAAAAAAAGAAGUUAAUCAUUCACUGACAUCGAAAUGCUCACCAAAAAUGUGAAUUAACACGAAAAAAUGUGGUAGGACAGACGAGAACAAAUAACAAAUGGAAUAGAUUGGCGAGCCAUAAAAUGAGAUUUGAAAUCCCAUUCAAAUAAGAGAGCUCGCGACGUCAGGGCACUUAUCCGAGAGAGGGAGAGAGAGAGGAAAGGAGAGAGAGAGAGAGAGUGUGUGUGCAUGCGAGAGAGAGAGAGAGAGAAAGAGGGAGGGAGGGAGAGAGAGGCUGUUUGGUGUGUGGUGUAUAUGAGAGGGGUGAGAUUUGAGAAAUAGGAGGGGCUUCUAAACGACUAGAAAUGUCAAUCUGAGCAAGGGAGUCCCAAUAAUCUAAAGCAAUCUGUAAGGACCUGACCUUAGUCCAUCCAGAUCAAUAGGGAAGUGAGGGUGGAAAGAAGAAGACAGAGGAAGAAAUAAGGGGCGCAACCGGAUCGUUUACACUGGCUGUUCCCGAGGAAAUAUAGACUUCCCUUGCUUGCACCUUUUGUUGCUCACAUGCUCACACUGUAAAAGUGGAUAUCGAGGCAAUUCCCUUGCUUUGUGUGAUCGCAGCAGACUUUUCCCCCCUUUUUUUCCUACCACCAUGUCUUUCCCUCAGCUGGGAUAUCAGUACAUCCGACCGAUAUACCCGCCGGAGCGCCAAGGGAUCGCCAGCAAUGCCCGGUCCGGGACAGAGCUCAGUCCGUCCGGCGCGCUCUCAAACGUCCUCUCCACCAUGUAUGGAUCUCCUUUCGCCGCAGCAGCGCAGGGCUAUGGAGCGUUUCUGCCCUACUCCAACGAUAUCUCCAUUUUCAAUCAAUUGGUGAGUCUCUCAGCUUUCUCUUAACUUCUCGAUAAGUUUUGCAUGACACUUCAAAAUAAAAGAAAUAACAACACAGGCCUUUGUGGCACUUUUUUGAGUCCGAACUUUAAGAGCGUUACGGCAAACUUUGGCGCUAAAUGUUUGGUGAAAAUGAGCGAAAGUGGUUAAAAAGUUACGCACUGAGGAGUAAUAUUUUAGGCUUUGGAUUCCUAACAAUAUCCUGAAAGUGGGAGAGUUAUUAUAAUGAUGCAAUGUGCUGUGGAAGGCAAACAUGUAAAGGAGGGAAAAAGUUAAUAAAAAUUAAAGUGUAUUUGUGCGUUUCUUGGUUUGGAUUAGUGUUCUCUAUUUUUCUCACUUUUGAUAUUUUAAUCCAAAGUUAAUAACUCGAGAUUUGCUUCAAAUGGGACAAAGUUUCGUUUGUUUACAUUUAAAGAAUAUCUCUAAAGUUGCUUCCUGACAUUAUAACCACAAACCAAACUACAAGCUAUAUCACAGAGGAUAAUUCCAGACGAAGUAUCUUGAGACAUCAAUAUUUCUGGACUAACAAAUCCCUCUGAUUCUUUGUCUUUUUUAGGGUGCUCAGUAUGAACUGAAAGACAGUCCCGGGGUCCAGCACCCAGGGUUUGCCCACCAUCACCCUGCUUUUUACCCAUAUGGCCAGUAUCAGUUCGGUGACCCAUCCAGACCCAAAAACGCCACCAGGGAGAGCACCAGCACCCUGAAGGCCUGGCUAAGCGAGCACCGCAAGAACCCUUACCCCACCAAAGGCGAGAAGAUCAUGCUGGCCAUCAUCACCAAAAUGACCCUCACCCAGGUGUCCACCUGGUUUGCCAACGCCAGGAGGAGGCUAAAGAAGGAGAACAAGAUGACCUGGGCUCCUCGGAACCGCACCGACGAAGAGGGGAAUGUUUACACCAGCGAUCACGAGGGGGAGGAGGGCGACAAGAGAGAGGACGAGGAGGAGAUCGACCUGGAGAACAUCGACACGGAGAAUAUCGAGAACAAGGACGACUUGGACGACCAGGACGACCUGCAUUCAGAUCUUAAACUCGACGGGAGGAGUGACUCUGAGAUUUCUGACGGCUAUGAGGAUUUACAAGGGCCCGACCAGAGGUUUCUAAAGGUUGUAGGGAAGGAGGGCAAGGACGUGGAGAGAGGAGGAGAGCACUUCCACAGUCACCACCAUCUCCACCAUCAUCACCACCACGCGUCUUUGGACAGCAAAGCGUCCCAACCGAACGGGGAACCCCUCAAACUGAACCCCGUGUCCGUGAACUCACCCCCCUCAGAAAACAACCCUGCCCCGGCCCAGAAGCCAAAGAUCUGGUCUUUAGCAGAGACAGCCACGGCCCCUGACAAUCCGCGGAAAUCACCUCAAAUGAACGGCAGCAACUCCGCAGGGCCGGCCGCGCAGACCAUACUCGCCCCACAUAGACUCAUCUCUUCUUGUCCUGUUGGGAAAAUCCAGAACUGGACGAACCGAGCCUUCUCGGCGCACCAGCUGGCUUUACUGAACUCCAACCAUUAUCUGGGACUGGCAAACCAGGCCUCUGCAGCCGGCCUGGCCCUCUACAGCAGCAGGCAAACGGAGGACAAGAGUCAUAGUUCAGAGACUGCAGUCACAGGUACAUGUCCCCGACACUGAGACGCGCAUGUAUAAAUGAGUACAGAGACAGAGACGCUACAGUCCAUUGCCCGUCAUUCAUUUCUCUUCUUUUAGACCUCCUCUCGCCUUCUUUUGCCUGUUGAAACAUGGAGUUUAGUUCUUUUUAAGGCCACAAAUUAACAGUGUUACAGUGUCAGAGCUUGUCUGUGUGUGUGUGUGCGUGCGUGUGUGUGCGUGUGAGUGUGUGAUGAGUGCGUCCGAGAAGACAGUGAAACCUCAUCAGACAGCAUUUAAAGAAAAUAGAAGUCUUAUGGUGAGCUGGGUGAGAAAUAUUUCUAAUAAUUGCGCCCCUUUCUUUCUUUCUGUUUCUGUUUCUCUCUUUCUUUUUAUUUUUAUUGUUUUGCAUUUGGGAUACAAUAAUCCUCAAACCCUCUAAAUCCACUAAAUUUGAUCUGUGAAGGCAGGAUGGGCUCUGAUCAGAAUUAUUGCAUUUUUUAAUUUCGGUUUUAAUUUCCAUCGCCACAGUUUCAGAGAAAGAUCUAGUGCCUUUGGAUGCAGAGACAGAGUCGUUAAAAACAGCUCUCCACCACCUUCAAAGAUAGUGAGGCUGUCAAUUAAUGGCAUCUGGGAUUUUUUUUUCUUUUUUGAUGCCAUAUCACAUUUUUUUUUUCUUUUCCAAACGCCACAUUUACCCAGAUUAGCUUCUUCUUCUCAGAUUUGUUUCAUCCCUGUGUGCGCUUGUGUUAUUUCGUCAAGGCCUAUGUUACACUUACUUGUUUGGUCAUGCAAAUGAGCUCAAUGCAAAUUCACUACAGGCUCGUUUUUGAAAGGCAAUUGUCACUUUUAUAUCACUUUGUGUUUUAGCUGGAGGCUAUUAUUAGUGUUUUGUUUUUAUUUUGUCCCUGUUUAUUUCAGGCCUGAGAAACCAUCUUAAAGUAGCGGUGGUCCUCUUGCCUCUCUCUCUCUCUCUCUCUCUCUCUCUCUCCUCUAAAUAAUCUCUCACCCAUCCUCUUUUUGCCCUUUUUAUUUUUUAAUUUGAAUAUGGAAUGUAAAAUAAAAAAUAAUACAUCUCUGUAAACUUACAUUGUAAGCAUGUCCUGUGUAAAACUGCUAAUGUAAUAAUGUAUGAACCUGUAGUCUGUGAGUUUUAUUUUUAUUUUCUUUUUGUAAGUUCUGUGAGGAUUUGAUGUUCAAAUGUUUUUGUAUAUAAAGUUAAGAAUAUGUACAUACUUGUGAACCAAAUUGUACAAGAAAGUCUAUAUUUUGGCUAAUAAAUGAACUGCUGCAACUUUAA